AAGCUUAUUCCUAGAAUCUUCAAGAUCACACUUCUGCAGAGUAGACUGGUCAUCUAGAGAUUGCUUUUGAUUGUGCUGGGGUUUCUAUGUGAUGUAGUGUUAAAUACUUCCAUGGAUCUAGACUUAUAUUUUAUGUUUUAGUUUGAAAAUGUCUUGUCCUCCUCGUCUAUAUUCUCCUCUUAUCAACAAUACCCCCCAACCCCUUAUUCUCUUUUCUUAUAAUUGUGUUUUUAUGGUGACAAUGCUCCUUGAUUUUUGCUUUGUCUACUUAUUUUGCUGUAAAAAUAUGAGAUCUCUGUUGAUGCUGCAUUUGUGAAUUAAGUCGGUGUUUAUAUAGUCUUUAUGCUCCAUUUUUCUGUCAUCAUCUUAUCUUGUCAAGGACCUCUUCUUUUUCAUAUGAGUUCUUUGGUUAAUGGAUUGCUAUUUGCUUAAGGUGAACUUUGUAAUUUCUUUGGUCACUUCUGCAUGAUGCCUUUGAUUCAAGGUUCGUUGAUUAUAGGCUAAGCAUAUCUAAUCCUUUCAUUGGUUUAUGUCCUGGACAAGCCAAAUGUAUUAGCUCACCAUAGAUAUCUCAAUGAGAGAGAUUCGUGCUAUCAGUAUUAGCUUUGUGUUUAUCAAAGUGAGCAUAGUAACUACUGCCUUGAAGUUUUUUGCAUGAUGUAAAUCAAGUUUUCAACCUCUAAAAUUCACGGUUAUAAACCAUAACCAGAUUUUUGAAACAAGUAUUAAUGUCCGAUGAACUGGAGGAAGGUCAACUAACAUACAAGAAAAGUUGAACACUCCAACAUUUCCUAUUUUUCUCUGUUUUAACUUUGGACAUUUUAGUUUCUGCUAUAAUCAUUAACGAGCAUCAAGCAAAUUGUCUAGCAGAUGUAGUCAAUCACUUGUGCAAGUUAUCAGUAUUUCUGCUUGGCUGUCCUUUUGCAAUAAACUUAAGAUGGCGAUCCUUCGAAACUAAGAACGAGAAGCACUUAUCAAUUACUAAAGUCCAGCCAUGGAAUUUCAGUUGUGGGAUACUUAAAUCAACAGAAAAGCUUCAGAUGAGAAAUUGCUUCCCAGUUACAUCUGAAGAUUUUUUUCCAGACGAAGUGAUUGAGGUGACUGCUUCACAGACAGAAGAGUUGCCUUUGGACCUUGCCAGUCAAUUGGAUGACGUAGAUAUCUCCCCUACUGUUUCAUAUGAGCAAUCUGAGGGCAGUGGUGGAAAACCUGGAUUUAUCUCAUUUUAUAGUCUUCAGCGUGCAAAAGAGAAUGUAGGUCCUUCACCAAUUGCAAGGAAGGAUAAUAACAGCCUUCUAUGGUUUGCUGGCCCUGCAGUUCUUGUUGCCUCAUUUAUUCUUCCAUCACUGUAUUUGCGCAGGCUAAUAUCUUUGAUAUUUGAAGAUUCCCUCUUGACAGAUUUUCUCAUACUAUUUUUCACGGAGGCUCUCUUCUACUGCGGGGUUGCAGCUUUUCUUCUUCUUGUUCACUUUCUCUGGAGCCCUGCUAAAAAAGUUUCUGCUGCGAGCAGUUAUGGGAAGCUCACGACCCAUGUGGGGCAUCGUAUUUCUUCGGUUGCCAUUCUGAUGCUUAGUCUUAUUAUUCCAAUGGUGACUAUGGGUUUUGUUUGGCCGUGGACUGGUCCCGCGGCAUCAGCUGCUCUAGCUCCCUACUUGGUUGGUAUUGUUGUUCAGUUUGCAUUCGAGCAGUAUGCAAAGUAUACUAAAUCACCUUCAUGGCCUGUCAUUCCAGUAAUAUUCCAGGUCUAUAGAUUACAUCAACUAAAUCGAGCCGCUCAGCUAGUAACAGCUCUAUCUUUCACAGUUAGAGGAGCUGAGAGGACCGCACACAAUUUGGCCAUCAAUAAUUCCUUGGGCACUCUGUUGAGCGUCCUCCAAAUUCUUGGCCUAAUCUGCAUCUGGUCUCUCUCGAGCUUUCUCAUGAGAUUUUCUCCGUCUCCAUCCAUAUUAGAGCAAUGAGGUAUUCAUGAAAUAAAGAUUUGCUAUCCAUGAUUUCCUUGCAGCCUGUCAUUAGCUUCAAAACGGCCUAAAGAUCGUUAGGGAGAAGGUGGUGCGAAAAUUUGUUGUUAGAUUACAGCAUUAUGUGCAGGUCACUUCAGAAUUUUGAGCUUAGAAAUUUCAUUUGAAAUAGGAAGUAAAAUGGGUUGAACAUAUUCAGAAAAAGAAUGAGUAAAAGGUGUGAUGAUAUUAUGUAAUUUGGCUUGUAAAUUUAUCUUGGUAGGUCUAAAUUAUUGGAUAUUUCUAUUUUUGACUGUAUGAAACAUACAAUCUUGAUUUUUUUACUGCUUAGCUUGCUGUAGGAUUGAAUCAUGAAGUUUACUUUUGUUCA